UUUUUUCAUUUGCAGGUAGAGACAACCCACCAGUUGUUGCGGCUCUUUGAAGAGAAAAACCCAAAGAGAGAGAGAGAGAGAGAGAGAGAGAGAGAGAGAGAUUUGCAGAUGGGAUCUCAUUUUCCUUACUGUUGCUUCACUUUUUACUAGUAUUACUUCAGUUUCAUUCAUUCAACUAAUACCCACAUUUUAUUCUCAGAGCAGGACUACAAAUUCUUUGCGAGGUUUCUUAAUUUCAGUUCUUGUGAAGAGCCUCGAUGGGUUCCAGGUACCCAUCUCAUAAGCUCAGCAAUGGCCUUUAUGUAUCAGGUCGGCCUGAGCAGCCUAAAGAAAAGACUCCAACAAUGAGCUCAGUGGCCAUGCCCUAUACUGGUGGUGAUAUUAAGAAAUCCGGAGAACUGGGUAAAAUGUUUGAUAUCGAUGGUGCUAAAUCUAGGAAAUCUGGGCCUAUCACUGGUGCUCCUUCAAGGACUGGAUCUUUUGGAGGGGCUACUACGCAUUCUGGGUCAAUUCCUAAUGCUGCUGUUCGUUCUGGCUAUAACGCCUCUGGUCCUAUAUCUGGGGGCAUGUCUGGUUCAACUUCAAUGAAGAAGACAAAUUCUGGACCAUUGAAUAAACAUGGGGAACCUAUAAAGAAGUCAUCUGGCCCUCAGUCUGGUGGAGUUACACGGCAAAACUCUGGCCCAAUUCCACCAAAUCUCCCUGCUACAGGUCUCAUUACAUCUGGGCCCAUUUCUUCAGGCCCCCUAAAUUCUUCUGGGGCCCCUCGAAAAGUAUCUGGUUCUUUAGACAAUGGAGGAUCGUUCAAAACACACAGUUCCUCAAUUGCAAAUAAUCAGGCUGUUACUACUAUUAGUCAAGAUGAGGACUUUUCCUUCAGGAAGAACUUUCCAAAGCCUGUAUUAUGGUUGGUGAUUCUGAUAUUUCUGAUGGGGUUCAUUGCUGGUGGUUUUAUUCUUGGAGCGGUUCACAAUCCCAUUCUCCUCAUUGUUAUUGUGGUUCUUUUUGGUGCUAUUGCUGCAAUAUUUGUUUGGAAUUCAUGUUGGGGGAGAAGAGCUAUUACAGAUUUCAUUGCACGUUAUCCUGAUGCUGAUCUCAGAACUGCCAAAAAUGGGCAAUUUGUGAAGGUUACUGGGGUGGUUACCUGCGGCAACGUGCCCCUUGAAUCAUCAUUCCGAAGAGUUCCUAGAUGUGUCUAUACAUCUACAAGUUUACAUGAGUAUCGAGCAUGGGGUUCAAAACCAGCCAACCCUAAACACCGCCAUUUUACAUGGGGAUUGAGGUCAUUAGAUAGGCACGUGGUCGACUUCUACAUCUCUGAUUUCCAAUCUGGGUUGCGAGCUCUGGUUAAGACUGGAAAUGGUGCAAGGGUAGCUCCAUUUGUCGAUGACUCUGUUGUUAUUGAUAUUAAACCAGAAAAUAAAGACAUGUCUCCAGAGUUUGUCAGGUGGUUGGGAAAGAAAAACCUUUCAAGUGAUGAUCGAAUGAUGCGAUUGAAAGAAGGGUACAUCAAAGAAGGUAGCACAGUUAGUGUAAUGGGAAUCGUUCAGAGAAAUGACAAUGUGCUUAUGAUCAUCCCUCCACCGGAGCCGAUAGCCACUGGAUUUCAAUGGAGCAAAUGUAUCUUUCCAACAAGCCUUGAAGGUAUCAUUUUGAGAUGUGAAGAUACAUCAAAUAACGAUGUCAUCCCGGUCUAGUAAGUAGUGUAUGUGCAUCGCAAACUUCUUUAUGUGUUUACCCUGCUGGAAAAUAUUAGUUCCCUCUACUAAUUUGAUGGUGGUGUGUGGUGGUUUUGUAGUGAUAAGUAACCAUUAGUAUGAUGGCUUAAAAUGAGGUGUUGGGUUUCUUUUCUUAUUAUUAUUUUUUUUUUUUUCCUUCUUUUUCCGUAAACUUUUGUAUAGUUUUGGCGAUUUCAUUUCCAUUUUUUAGGGCUUCAAAGCUUUUGUAAUGGGGCUGGCUUGAUUUAGUGGGGAAUAUUUGCUUGUUUGAGCAGAUUUUUCUGUUAUGUGGGUGAAAAGAAAAAAGGAAAUGUCACAAGGUAUUAUUAGAUUGUGUUUUACACUUCCACUCGGAACGUAAAAUGUAAUACCCCUGUUAAAUGCUCAAAAUUCUGUCAAUGUAGCUUAUUUUUUUUGUGUUAUAUUUGGUUCAGUCUGUAAACCAGUUAUUUGAUUUCUGUGUAUUUACAAUUACAUUAUUUUGAUUCUAUUUUCCUUUA